CUUCUUUGAGGGCAACGGUGUGUUUUCCCUCCCAACUUUCACCUUGGAAUGAAGCGUGGACAAUUCCUUAUCGUGUGCCACCGCCGAGCGACUAAGAAGGGAAAUGCUGUUACAAAUUUCGUUGUUGCAUUUGUGCCUCGUUACAAAAGAUCGACAGUCUAUCACAGCAAUUUUCGAGUAUAGUCGUCACAAACGGGCCGAGGGUCCAUUUUUCUUCUCGGCCGUUUUUUCGGGGAGGCUGCAAGUUUUGGUGUAUGAUGGGCCGCGAAGGGCCCCCCGGCCGUAGUCUGGGAAGCGGUGUGCAGUUGCUUCGAUUGUGUUUCGAUGAUUACAAAAAUCGUUUAUUUGUUUGUGCACGGCGUCGUGGAGGAGAUGAAUACGAAUCGCGAUGGAUUUGCGAUUCGAAGGACUAUGGGGACGUGCUUUUGAGGGGGCCGCGAUAGAAGUCCCGAAUCCGGCGCGUGACGUCACAAACCCCGUCGGCGUCAUUGUCGUCCGGUCUUUGUGUGACGUCAAGCUCCUUGAAACGGGCCGCUUUCGUCGGUGACGCGAGUGCGCAGGCGGCUCCGCGUAUAAAAUGGGCUCUGCUGCCUUCGUCUCAUCUCCCCGCAGAGUCCCGCGGACCCCAAAACAGCCGCCGGACGUCUCCCGUGGCGCGCUGCGCUCUCCCUUUGUUUUUGGAGGAUGUUCGUGGCGGUGGAAAGCCGGCAGCUGUCCGAGAACGAGCGCCGGGUUUUGGCCAUGCAGGCCCUGUGCAGGAGCUCCGAGCCGGUGGCCUCCUUCCUGCCGGUGGUGGUGGAGUCCUCCCCGCCCCCGCCCCCGCCGCCGCCGCCGCCGCCGCCCGCCGCCCGGUCGGCCUCUCUUGCAGCCUCGUCCUCUUCCUCCGCGCGCAGGCCCGCCGCCCGUUGGACCGUCAAGCCGCGCACAGGCCCGCAGAUUCAGUGUCUCACUCGUGAGGACAAAGAGCGUACAAGUACACGGAGACUGGAAUGCACGACUAGGAUCUGGAAGCAAUCAGUCAAUGAGCGUUUGUGCAGGAACGUGACGUCUUCGGUGAAGCUGGGCUGCGAUCUGGAUCUGGAGUUCAUUGCCCGGAACUCGUGGAACGUGCAGCACCUGUCAACGGUCUUCAAGUCGCUCGUCAUGAAGAUCCGCAAGCCCCAGACCACGGCCAGGAUCUUCCAGUCGGGAAUCCUUUUCUGCACAGGAGCCAAGAGCGAGGACGAGUCUCGGGUGGCCGCCAGGAAGUUUGCCUUCAAAAUCCUCAAGCUGGGCUACCCGGUCCACUUCCUGGACUUCAAGGUGCUCAACAUCGGCGGCACUUGCAAGACGUUCCCCAUCAACCUGGAGGAUCUGUUCUUGGCGCACCAGGACCACUGCAGGUCCGCUAAAGUUACGAACCGGAGUUGUUUCCUGCCCUCCAGUACAACUUCCGCCCCGGCAUGACGGCGUCCAUCUUUUCCUCAGGUUCCGUCUCGCUGGUCGGCGCUAAAACGGAGGAGGAAUUCUACAGAGCGUUUCACAGCCUGGACGCCAUCUUGAUCGGCUUCAGGAGGACGUGAAGCCCGCCGGGCCUCCCGCUCGUCACGGCGACCUUCUUCUCGGGUGUUAGCGUGUAGCAUUAGCCACGUGACCAUCUCGUACGCCUCCAUUCAAAAAAAUACACACACAUAUUUACAUACUUAUCAUGAUACCAAUAAUAGCUUGAAUAGAAUAGCCAAUGAUUAAGCUGUCGUCCUGUCAACGCUCAAACUGGAGAAAACUUUAAUUAAAUGAAGAGUUGUUUUGAUUCGAAUUAUGAAUAUAAUAUCUUCUAUCUUGGAACGAUCGAUCAUCAACAAGUACAAGUUGCAUUGUGAGUGUUGAUGUGUACCUGCUGUCUUCAUGUAAAGAUGGAAUAAUAAAAAGUCCCGAGGAAGAAAAGAAAGUGUCCUUUGUGUUAGCGCCACUAGAUGUCAGGAGAGUUUAGCAAUGAAAAUUGUCACGAUUCAAACGCUCAACAUAAAAAAAAAACACUUUGUCCUGAAUACAUUGACAAAAGUCAAGGACAUCAAACCACACAAUACUCCACAAUGUCAAGCAUGCUAGUUUUUUAAAACAAAUAUUUUGUAUUUAAUUAUGGGCAGUAAAUCAAUUAACACAUUUAGUGAGAUGAUAAAUAAAUCCAUAAUUUAGAUUUCACCCAUUUUAGAAAAAAAAAAACGGAGAAAUAAAAGUGACAAACCAAUAAUGUUUAAUAAUGAAUAUAUACUACUAAUUAUUGAACGAAAAGGUGAUGUAACACAGUGGUAAACGUGAGAGCCUGUCCCAGCUUUUUUGGAACAUGUUGCAACCAUCAAAUUCUAAGUUCAUGAUGAUUUGCUCAAAACAAUCAAGUUGAUCACUUUGAACAUGAAAUAUCUCGUCUUUGUAGGGUAUUCAAUUAAAUCUAGCUUGAACAUGAUUUGCAAAAUAUUGUAUUCUGUUUUUUGUUGUUUUAACACAAUGUCCCAACUUCAUUGGAAUUGGGGUUGUAAGUUAAUUAUUUAUGAUCAAAUGUAAAUAUUGUUAUAAUAAACCGCUUCAUAAAAUGUAUGUACUUACUAUUGGUGCAAGUAAAUAUAAUUCUAAAUAAGAAAUUAACUUAAGUUCAUUAGUUAAAAUUUCAAAUGUUUUCAUUGUGACCUUUUUUGAAAUUAAAAAAAUCCCUUCUCCAAAUGAGCUCCCAUCUGUCUUUUAAAAACUCAAAUGUGGGCCUUGAGCACAAAAGUUUAGAAAUAAAAACGGGGGGCGAAGGGGGAAUGAGUUGAGUGUUGAAUGUUUACUUUGGACGUGAAAUGUCUACAAAGACUACUUUUUUCCAUGACGCGAAAUGUCAUAAACACAACACUACGGGAAGAGACGAUCUCGCGUCGCUUUGUAAAGAUUGCAAACGAAAAAGGCCUGAAAAUGCGCAUGAGGAAAAAGCUGUCCAGCAGUCAGCCUGCAGUGUGUGUGUGUGUGUGUGUGUGUGUGUGUGUGUGUGA